GAUCGCAAGCCGACAGCUGAUCGCGGUCGAGUACAAGCCGAACAACGUUCGCAAGUUUGUGUUGUCGGGAUCUUUUAGGGAAGAAACUCGUCGCAAUCGCAUUGAUUGUGGUAGUACCGUCUGUUGCACAAGUAGGAAUAUCAACAGCCUCAAUGGCGCACCACCACCACCAUCAUGAUGACGGCGGCGAUCCAUGCGGAGGCCACGGUGGAGCCACCUCGCAGGGGCCCGAGACGGGUUUGCAGUACUCGCUGUACUCCAAGAUAGACCUUGACAACGUGCAGUGCCUUAACGAAGUGAAGGAAGGGUCCGGCAAGUUGGUCUUCAAGCCCUGGGAGAAGAGGCUGGAUCGCGAGAAGUACGUGGAAAGUGAUGCAGACGAGGAGCUGCUCUUCAACAUUCCCUUCACCGGUAAUGUCAAGCUCAAGUCCAUCCUGGUGGUAGGGGGCGAUGCUGGCAUGCACCCUUCUAAAGUUCGCAUGUUCAAGAACCGGCCGCAGAUGACCUUCGAUGAUGCGCGCGCAAUGCCCGAGCAGGAGUUUGAGCUGCAACCUGAUGCCAGUGGCAGCUUGGAGUACCCUGUCAGGGCUGUAAAGUUCUCCAGCGUGCACCAUUUGUCGCUGCACUUCCCAAGCAACUUUGGGAGCGACACGACACGGGUCUACUACAUUGGCCUGCACGGAGAGUACACAGAGGCUCAGAGGCAGGGCGUGGUGUUGUGCAGCUAUGAGAGCGCUGCUAACCCUGCCGACCACAAGGUGCAGCAGCAGCAGCGAGCCAACAUGAUGAUACAGUAAUAAAACCAGUGUGACAACUUCCUUA